AUGGAUACGCGGACGGCGACGGCCGAGCUGGGCUGGACCGCCAACCCACCUUCGGGGUGGGAAGAAGUCAGUGGCUACGACGAAAACCUCAACACCAUCCGUACGUACCAGGUGUGCAACGUCUUCGAGCCCAACCAGAACAACUGGCUCCUCACCACGUUCAUCAACCGGCGCGGGGCUCACCGCAUCUACACCGAGAUGCGCUUCACUGUGCGGGACUGCAGCAGCCUCCCCAACGUCCCUGGCUCCUGCAAGGAGACCUUCAACCUCUACUACUACGAGACAGACUCUGUCAUUGCCACCAAGAAGUCUGCCUUCUGGACGGAGGCACCCUACCUCAAAGUGGACACCAUCGCUGCUGACGAGAGCUUCUCCCAGGUGGACUUUGGUGGCAGGUUGAUGAAGGUGAACACAGAAGUGAGAAGUUUCGGUCCUCUGACCCGCAAUGGCUUUUACCUGGCUUUCCAGGACUAUGGGGCUUGUAUGUCUCUGCUGUCUGUCAGGGUCUUCUUCAAGAAGUGCCCCAGUGUGGUGCAGAACUUCGCUAUCUUCCCAGAGACGAUGACAGGAGCGGAGAGCACCUCUCUAGUGACUGCCCGUGGCACCUGCAUCCCCAACGCCGAGGAGGUGGAUGUGCCCAUCAAACUGUACUGCAAUGGUGAUGGGGAGUGGAUGGUCCCCAUCGGUCGCUGUACCUGCAAGGCUGGUUAUGAGCCAGAGAACAACGUGGCUUGCAAAGCCUGCCCAGCAGGGACGUUCAAGGCCAGCCAGGGUGCAGGGGUCUGCCUGCCGUGUCCCCCCAACAGCCGCUCCACUGCUGAGGCCUCUCCAAUCUGCGCCUGCCGCCACGGCUACUACCGAGCGGAUUUCGACCCACCAGCAGCUGCUUGCACCAGUGUCCCGUCCGGGCCACGCAAUGUCAUCUCCAUUGUCAACGAGACAUCCAUCAUCCUGGAGUGGCACCCACCACGAGAGACAGGGGGUCGGGACGACGUCACCUACAACAUCGUCUGCAAGAAGUGCCGCUCGGACCGCCGCGCCUGCUCCCGCUGCGAUGACAACGUGGACUUUGUCCCCAGGCAGCUGGGGCUGACCGAGACCAGGGUCUUCAUCAGCAACCUGUGGGCACACACGCCCUACACCUUCGAGAUCCAGGCUGUCAAUGGGGUUUCCAACAAGAGUCCCUUCCCACAGCAGCACGUCUCCGUCAACAUCACCACCAACCAGGCUGCACCCUCCACCGUGCCCAUCAUGCACCAGGUGAGUGCCACAAUGAGGAGCAUCACACUGUCCUGGCCUCAGCCCGAGCAGCCCAAUGGGAUUAUCCUGGACUAUGAGAUCCGAUACUACGAGAAGGACCACAACGAGUACAACUCCUCCAUGGCUCGCAGCCAGACCAACACGGCCAGGAUCGAGGGGCUGAGGCCGGGCAUGGUGUACGUGGUGCAGGUGCGAGCUCGCACCGUGGCUGGCUACGGCAAGUACAGCGGCAAGAUGUGCUUCCAGACGCUGACUGAUGAUGACUACAAGUCGGAGCUGAGAGAGCAGCUGCCUUUGAUUGCAGGGUCUGCAGCAGCUGGGGUGGUCUUCAUUGUCUCGCUGGUGGCCAUUUCCAUCGUGUGCAGCAGGAAACGUGCCUACAGCAAGGAAGCAGUGUACAGUGAUAAACUACAGCACUACACCUCUGGGCACUCCACACAUCAGAGCUCGGAACCAGCCUCCCAUUCUAGGUCCCUCUUGGGGUCUCCAGGGAUGAAGAUCUACAUCGACCCCUUCACCUACGAGGACCCCAACGAGGCAGUCCGAGAGUUUGCCAAGGAGAUCGAUGUGUCCUUUGUGAAGAUUGAAGAAGUCAUUGGAGCAGGGGAGUUUGGAGAGGUGUACAAGGGACGGCUGAAGUUGCCGGGCAAGAGGGAGAUCUACGUGGCCAUCAAAACGCUCAAAGCUGGUUACUCGGAGAAGCAGCGCCGGGAUUUCCUGAGCGAGGCCAGCAUCAUGGGGCAGUUCGACCACCCCAACAUCAUUCGGCUGGAAGGGGUGGUGACCAAGAGCAGACCAGUCAUGAUCAUCACGGAGUUCAUGGAGAACGGGGCUUUGGACUCCUUCCUGCGGCAGAACGAUGGGCAAUUCACAGUUAUCCAGCUGGUGGGAAUGCUCAGAGGGAUUGCUGCUGGGAUGAAGUACCUUGCAGAGAUGAAUUAUGUCCACCGAGAUCUGGCUGCCAGGAACAUCCUGGUCAACAGCAACCUGGUGUGCAAAGUGUCUGACUUCGGCCUCUCACGCUACUUGCAGGACGAUACGUCUGACCCCACCUACACCAGCUCCUUGGGGGGGAAGAUCCCCGUCAGGUGGACGGCACCAGAGGCCAUCGCCUACCGCAAGUUCACCUCGGCCAGUGACGUCUGGAGCUACGGCAUCGUCAUGUGGGAGGUGAUGUCGUUCGGGGAGAGGCCCUACUGGGACAUGUCCAACCAAGACGUCAUCAACGCCAUCGAGCAGGACUACCGGCUCCCGCCGCCCAUGGACUGUCCGGCCGCGCUGCACCAGCUGAUGCUGGACUGCUGGCAGAAGGACCGCAACACCCGCCCGCGCUUCACCGAGAUCGUCAACACCCUCGACAAAAUGAUCCGCAACCCGGCGAGCCUCAAAACUGUGGCUACCAUCACCGCUGUGCCUUCUCAGCCCCUCCUCGACCGCUCCAUCCCUGACUUCACUGCCUUUACCUCAGUAGAUGACUGGCUGAGCGCUGUGAAGAUGAGCCAGUACCGGGACAGCUUCCUCACUGCUGGCUUCACCUCCCUGCAGCUUGUUGCCCAGAUGACAUCUGAAGACCUCCUGAGAAUAGGGGUGACUUUGGCUGGGCACCAGAAGAAGAUCCUGAACAGCGUCCAGUCCAUGCGAGUACAGAUGAGCCAGUCUCCCACCUCGAUGGCAUGACGUCCCUUGUUCCACAGGGAGGGCACGGGAGGGCAGAGCUGGGAGGGGAGGAAUUGACGGCUCAGAGAGGAGGAGCCACCGCUCCCAGGGACUGCGACUGCAGGCGAAGGAUGUUCCUGGGGCUCAUCUCUAACUUGGUGACUUUGUUCCUCACCCACAGAAGCACACUUACCAAUGUCAUGGGGAACAGCCUAUAAAUACAUAUAAAUAUGUACAAAUCCUAUAUUUAAAAAGCAAAAUGAAACAAAAAAAAAAAAA